UAAAAGGAGAAUAUCCUCAAAACAGUUAUAUCCAUGAUUUCCUGCUAUCUACAACCAUGAGCCUCUUGGGAAUACUUUGUUUUUUAAUCUUUCUGGGGAAAACUUGGGGACAGGAGCAAACAUAUGUCAUUUCAGCACCAAAAAUAUUCCGUGUUGGAGCAUCUGAAAAUAUCGUAAUUCAAGCUUAUGGACACACUGAAGCAUUUGAUGCAACAAUCUCUAUUAAAAGUUAUCCUGAUAAAAAAAUUAGUUACUCCUCAGGCUAUGUCCAUUUAUCCUCACAGAAUAAAUUCCAAAACUCUGCAGUCUUAACAAUACAACCAAAACAAUUGCCUGGAGGACAAAACCCAGUUUCUUAUGUGUAUUUGGAAGUUGUAUCAAAGCAUUUUUCAAAAUCAAAAAAAAUGCCAAUAACCUAUGACAAUGGAUUUCUCUUCAUUCAUACAGACAAGCCUGUUUAUACUCCAGACCAGUCAGUAAAGGUUAGAGUUUAUUCAUUGAAUGAUGACUUGAAGCCAGCCAAAAGAGAAACUGUCUUAACUUUCAUAGACCCUGAAGGAUCAGAAGUUGACAUGGUGGAAGAAAUUGAUUACACUGGAAUUAUCUCUUUUCCUGACUUCAAAAUUCCAUCUAAUCCUAAAUAUGGUGUGUGGACGAUCCAGGCUAAAUAUAAAGAGGACUUUUCAACAACUGGAACCGCCUAUUUUGGAGUUAAAGAAUAUGUCUUGCCACAUUUUUCUGUCUCAAUAGAACCAGAAAGUAAUUUCAUUGGUUAUAAGAACUUUAAGAAUUUUGAAAUUACUAUAAAAGCCAGAUAUUUUUAUAAUAAAGUAGUCACUGAGGCUGAUGUCUAUAUCACAUUUGGAAUAAGAGACGACUUAAAAGAUGAUCAAAAAGAAAUGAUGCAAACAGCAAUGCAAACCGCAGUGUUGAUAAAUGGAAUUGCUCAAGUCACAUUUAAUUCUGAAACGGCAGUCAAAGAACUGUCAUACUACAGCCUAGAGGAUUUAAAGGACAAGUACCUUUAUAUUGCUGUAACAGUCAUAGAGUCUACAGGUGGAUUUUCUGAAGAGGCAGAAAUACCUGGCAUCAAAUAUGUCCUCUCUCCCUACAAACUGAAUUUGGUAGCUACUCCUCUUUUCCUGAAACCUGGGAUUCCAUAUUCCAUCAAGGUGCAGGUUAAGGAUUCGCUUGACCAGUUGGUAGGAGGGGUCCCAGUAACACUGAAUGCACAAACAAUCGAUGUAAACGGAGAACCAUCUGACUUGGAGCCAAAGAAAAGUGUAACACGUGUUGAUGAUGGAGUAGCUUCGUUUGUGAUUAAUCUCCCAUCUGGAGUGACGGUGCUGGAGUUUAAUGUCGAAACUGAUGCUCCAGAUCUUCCAGAAGAAAAUCAGGCCAGGGAAGGUUACCGAGCAGUAGCAUAUUCAUCUCUCAGCCAAAGUUACCUUUAUAUCGAUUGGACUGAUAACCAUAAGGCUUUGCUAGUGGGAGAACAUAUGAAUAUUAUUGUUACCCCCAAAAGCCCAUAUAUUGACAAAAUAACUCACUAUAAUUACUUGAUUUUAUCCAAGGGCAAAAUCAUAUACUUUGGCACGAGGGAGAAAUUUUCAGAUGCAUCUUAUCAAAGUAUAAACAUUCCAGUUACACAGAACAUGGUUCCUUCAUCCCGACUCCUGGUCUAUUACAUCGUCACAGGAGAGCAGACAGCAGAAUUAGUGUCUGACUCAGUCUGGUUAAAUAUUGAAGAAAAAUGUGGCAACCAGCUCCAGGUUCAUCUGUCUCCUGAUUCAGAUGCAUAUUCUCCAGGCCAAACUGUGUCUCUUGAUAUGCAAACUAGGAUGGAUUCCUGGGUGGCAUUAACAGCAGUGGACCGUGCUGUGUAUGGAGUCCAAAGAAUAGCCAAAAAGCCCUUGGAAAGAGUAUUUCAAUAUUUAGAGAAGAGUGAUCUGGGCUGUGGGGCAGGUGGUGGCCUCAACAAUGCAGACGUGUUCCGCCUAGCUGGACUUACCUUCCUCACUAAUGCAAAUGCAGAUGACUCCCAAGAAAAUGAUGCACCUUGUAAAGAAAUUCUCAGGCCAAGAAGGAUGCUGCAAAAGAAGAUAGAGGAAAUAGCUGCUAAAUACAAAAAUUCAGUAGUGAAGAAAUGUUGUUACGAUGGAGCCCGUGCUAACUAUGACGAAACCUGUGAGCAGCGAGCUGCACGGAUUACCGUAGGCCCAAGAUGCGUCAAAGCUUUCACCGAAUGUUGCGUCGAGGCAACCCAGCACCGUGCUAAUAACUCUCAUAAACACAUGCAAUUGGGAAGGCUAGACAUGAAGAUCCUGUUGCCAGUAAGCAAGCCAGAAAUUCGAAGUUAUUUUCCAGAAAGUUGGUUAUGGGAAGUUCAUCAUGUUCCCAGAAGAAAACAGUUGCAGUUUGCCCUACCUGAUUCUCUAACUACGUGGGAAAUUCAAGGUGUUGGCAUUUCAGAUAGCGGUAUAUGUGUUGCCGAUACCCUCAAGGCAAAGGUGUUCAAAGAUGUCUUCCUGGAAAUGAAUAUACCAUAUUCUGUUGUACGAGGAGAACAGGUCCAGUUGAAAGGGACCGUUUACAACUAUAGGACUACUGGGAUGCAGUUCUGUGUUAAAAUGUCUGCUGUGGAGGGAAUCUGUAUGUCGGGAAGCCCAGCCACUGAUCAUCAGGGCAUAAAGCUCUCCAAAUGUGUGUACCAGAAAGUAGAAGGUUCCUCCAGUCACUUGGUGACCUUCACCGUGCUUCCUCUGGAAACUGGCCUUCACAACAUCAAUUUUUCACUGGACACUUCGUUUGGAAAAGAAAUCUUAGUAAAAACAUUACGAGUGGUGCCAGAAGGUAUCAAAAGGGAAAGCUACUCUGGCGUUACUUUGGAUCCUAGAGGUAUUUAUGGUACCAUUAGCAGACGAAAGGAGUUCCCAUACCGGAUACCAUUAGAUUUGGUCCCCAAAACAAAAAUCAAAAGGAUUUUGAGUAUAAAAGGACUGCUCAUAGGUGAGGUCUUUUCUGCAGCUCUAAGCCAGGAAGGCAUCAAUAUCCUAACCCACCUCCCCAAAGGGAGUGCAGAGGCGGAGCUGAUGAGCAUUGUCCCCGUAUUCUAUGUUUUUCACUAUCUGGAAGCAGGGAAUCAUUGGAACAUUUUUCAUCCUAACUCAUUAACUGAAAAGCAGAACCUGAAGAAAAAAUUAAAAGCAGGGAUGGUGAGCAUUAUGUCCUUCAAAAAUGCUGACUAUUCUUACAGCGUGUGGAAGGGUGGAAGUGCUAGCACUUGGUUAACAGCUUUUGCUUUAAGAGUACUUGGACAAGUAAACAAAUAUGUAGAACAGAACCGAAAUUCAAUUUGUAAUUCUUUAUUGUGGCUGGUUGAGAAUCAUCAAUUAGAUAAUGGAUCUUUCAAGGAAAACUCACAGUAUCAACCAAUAAAAUUACAGGGUACCUUGCCUGUUGAAGCCCAAGAAAACAAUUUAUAUCUUACAGCUUUUACUGUGAUUGGAAUUAGAAAGGCUUUUGCUAUAUGCCCCCUGGAGAAAAUCAACACAGCUCUAAUUAAAGCUGACACCUUUCUGCUUGAAAAUACACUGCCAGCCCAGAGCACCUUUACAUUGGCCAUUGCUGCCUAUGCUCUUUCCCUGGGAGAUAAAACUCACCCGCAGUUUCGUUCAAUUGUUUCAACUUUGAAGAGAAAAGCUUUGGUUAAAGGUAAUCCACCCAUUUAUCGUUUUUGGAAAGACAAACUUCAACAUGAAGACAACUCUGUACCUAACACUGGUACGGCACAUAUGGUAGAAACAACUGCCUAUGCCUUACUCACCUGUCUGAACUUGAAAGACAUAAAUUAUGUUAACCCAAUCAUCAAAUGGCUAUCUGAAGAGCAGAGAUAUGGAGGCGGCUUUUAUUCAACCCAGGAUACAAUCAAUGCCAUCGAGGGCCUGACAGAAUAUUCACUCCUGGUUAAACAACUCCACUUGAAUAUGGACAUCGAUGUCACUUACAAGCACAAAGGUGGCUUACACCAUUAUAAGAUGACAGACAAGAAUUUCCUUGGGAGGCCAGUAGAGGUGCUUCUCGAUGAUGACCUCGUUGUCAGUACAGGAUUUGGCAGUGGCUUGGCUACAGUACAUGUAACAACUGUAGUUCACAAAACCAGUACCUCUGAAGAAGUUUGCAGCUUUCAGCUGAAAAUUGACACUCAGGAUAUUGAAGCAUCCAGCUACAGAGGCUACAGCAACUCUGAUUACAAACGCAUAGUAGCAUGUGCCAGCUACAAGCCUGGCAGGGAAGAAUCAUCAUCAGGAUCCUCUCAUGCAGUAAUGGACAUCUCCUUGCCUACUGGAAUCAAUGCAAAUGAGGAUGACUUAAAAGCUCAUGUGGAAGGGGUGGAUCAAUUAUUCACUGAUUACCAAAUCAAAGAUGGACAUGUUAUUCUGCAACUGAAUUCGGUUCCCUCCAAUGAUUUCCUUUGUGUACGAUUCCGGAUAUUUGAACUCUUUGAAGUUGGGUUUCUUAGUCCUGCCACUUUCACAGUAUAUGAAUACCACAGACCAGAUAAACAGUGUACCAUGUUUUAUAGCACUUCCGACACCAAACUUCAGAAAGUCUGUGAAGGAGCCGCGUGCAAGUGUGUAGAAGCUGACUGUGGGCAAAUGCAGACAGAAUUGGAUCUGACAAUCUCUGCAGAGACUAGAAAACAAACAGCUUGUAAACCAGAGAUUGCAUAUGCUUAUAAAAUUAGCAUCACGUCCAUCACUGUAGAAAAUGUUUUUGUCAAGUACACGGCAACCCUUCUGGAUAUCUACAAAACUGGGGAAGCUGUUGCUGAGAAAGACUCUGAAAUCACCUUCAUUAAAAAGGUAACCUGCUCUAACGCUGAGCUGGUGAAAGGAAGGCAGUACUUAAUUAUGGGUAAAGAAGCCCUCCAGAUAAAAUACAAUUUCAGCUUCAGGUACAUCUACCCCUUAGAUUCCUUGACCUGGAUUGAAUACUGGCCUAGAAACACAACAUGUUCAUCGUGUCAAGCAUUUUUAGCUAAUUUAGAUGAGUUUGCUGAAGAUAUCUUUAUAAAUGGAUGCUAAAACUCCUGAAGUUCAGCUGUCUACAGAUUUUACUUAUGGACUCCUGUUGCUGAAGUUCGUUUUGCUUUUUUCUUCUUCUUUUUUUUUUUUUUUAAAAUUCAACAGCUGGUCUUAUUUGUAAAGCUUACUUAGAAUUAGUGGCACUUCCCUUUAUUGGAGAACAAUUUUAAACACUGUAACUUUCUGAAACAACAUGGCCUUGGAGGACAUGAAGACAGAUACUCCUCCAAGGUUAUUGGACACCGGAAGCAAUAAAUUGAAACACCUCCUCAAACCUACCACUCAGGAAUGUUUGCUGGGGCUGAAAGAAUAGUCCAUUGAAAUGGAGUAUUACAAAAACAUGGCCUUUGCUUGAAAGAAAAUACCAAGGAACAGGAAACUCAUCAUUAAAGCCUGACUUUGCUUUCAAA